UCUCUUCCUCCUGUGGACAGUUUUCCAAACUCUUCUUGUGUUCAGCUGAAAUGGCAGUGAAGUCUGGUGUCUUAGCUCUAUUAUAUUCGCUGUUCUUGAUGUCAGAUGCAGAGUCUUGCCCUAACCAAAAUUUAACAGACUGGGCCGGUUCAUUUCAGCCUUCAAGCUACCCAUCGAAGUACGCACCAAAUUUGGACUGCUAUUGGCUGAUUCAAGUGUCAGAUGGAAAUCUUAUUGAAAUCAACUUUCAAGAUUUUGCGAUGGACGGUGAUACGGUGGAUAAUUGCCCUAAUGACUAUGUGGAGGUUCUGGAAGGUUCUUAUGGAAGCACCGAUUCUAUAAAGCGUGUUUGUGGCGCGAAUCUACCAUUUGAAGAUGAGUAUCGCGUGGUUCGUUCAAAAGGUAGCUCGCUUCUCGUGCACAUGCACACAGACGAUGCCAACCAAAACCGAGGAUUUGCAGCAAACCAUCAAGGUAUUUGUAAAGUGACAUUUUCGACAGUGUCAGGAACCAUCAUGUCUCCAAAUCAUCCUGACAAAUAUCCAAACAGUGUGAUGUGUGAGUGGAUCAUUGAUCUGGGUCCAGGAUAUGAUAUUACUCUGACUUUCCAUAAGUUUAAUUUGGAAAAGAAAGAUGACUGUUCAUGGGAUUGGCUGACGGUACAGGCCGGAAACACUCCAGAUUCCCCGGUAGUAAUUAAAGUGUGUGGUGAUGUACUUCCUCCUGAUAUAAAAACUAGUGGACCAAUGAGGAUCUACUUCCAGACAGACAAUGACAACGAGUUUGAAGGGUUCCACAUGACCUGGGUAGCCGAGGAUCAAAACGAGUGCAAUAAACCUGAAAGCUGCCAUUCAAAUGCCACGUGUGCCAACACAGAUGGUUCAUAUCAGUGCACGUGUAUGCUGAGUUACACUGGAGACGGCAAAACCUGUCAGUAUUAUAAAGCCUCUGAACAGGCUCCCAACUUAGAGGAUGAGAAGGAACCUAUCCUAGGAUCCGAGCUUACCAGAGUUCUGCAGCAAUACGUAGAGGGAAGGGCACUACACGCACAUAGCUUUCUUGGCUUAAACAAGAAAGACGUAAAAGGAGUUGGCGAUAGAGCAAUAGUCAACGAUUUAUUGGGAAGUAUCCCAGUGCUCUCUGAGUAUGCCAAAAGCUUAGAGAGUCGAGUUAAGGAAAGAUAUUCGCAAAAGAUCUCGGUCAUCGGGGUUGACCCCGAAAGCAUAACAGCCGAGCAGUUCAGUCCAGAAUUCUUGCCUCCUGUGGAAGUCUCGGCCUUGCUGAGUUACCUUGUUCUUGAGACCAACUUCUACACCAACAAGCAGUUCAAGGCGUUCAAGAGUCUGGAGGCGUUUAAUCACAUGGUGUCGGGAUUUCUAACCUCAGUUGUAGGCAAAGUAAUCGCCGAGGCAACUACACGAAUUCAUGGCAAGCUCGCUUGCACACAGGUAAAAUGCUCAUGGAUUUUGCCGACAUAUGUCAAUGAAGUGCCGGAUGCGAGGGCUAAGGACAUCGAUUUUUCAUCGGCUAACAAGCCCAAAGAAAAGCUCGACCAGAAAAUUGAGGAUCUACAACAGCCGCAAGCCUCGAACCAUGCAGCAGCUUCUAGUUCUGGGACUGCAUCAGCCAGCGCCUCAGCGCAUGCAGCGCGCAUCGGCGCCUUCGAAAGAGGAAAUGGAUCAGCUUUAUGCCAAACUCAACCAGUGCAAAAAUAA